AUGGAGCCUCGCACCGUCAUUCCCAUCGACAAGCACUGGCACUUCAGACAGGCCGACAAGGACGACGGCACGUUUCUGCCCGUCUCGCAGUUCCCAACAAAUAUCCACCUCGACCUCAAGCACCACGGUAUCAUUGCAGACCCCUUUAUUGGUAAGAAUGAGGCCGAUGUGCAGUGGGUAGGCGAGGCCAAAUGGACCUAUGAGACGGCCUUUGAGACGCCGUCGUUGCCGUCCAAGGCCAGGGCUGUGCUCGCCUUUGAUGGCCUCGAUACCUUUGCUACUGUCUCACUCAAUGGAAAGGUUAUCCUGGAGUCGGAGAACAUGUUUAUCCCAGAGCGUGUGGAUGUUACUGAUGUCUUGCAAAAGAACAAUGCCAACGUGCUCAGCAUUACGUUUGACAGCGCUUACCUUCGCGGCUGGGAGCUGGUGGACAAGGAGCCCGAGCAUGAGUGGAAGCUCUGGAACGGAGAGCCCUCUCGCCUGGCCGUUAGAAAGGCACAGUACCACUAUGGUUGGGAUUGGGGCCCUGAGCUCAACACUUGCGGUCCUUGGCGACCCAUCAACCUGGAAGUGUACGAGGCCCGCAUUACGGAUCUGUACACCACCAUCAAGGUCGACGACUCUCUAAAGAACGCCACUGUUAUAGUCAACACCGAGUCUGAUGGCGAUGCCUCUCAUGUCCGCUUUGAGGUCGCGCUCGACGGUAAGAUGGUCGCCAGCGAGACUGUCGAUGCGGGCUCUACGGCGUCCGUCACAUUUCACAUCGCCAACCCCGAGCUUUGGUACCCCAUCCGCUACGGAAAGCAGCCCCUAUACACGAUUAGAGCAAGCCUCAUCCAUAACGACAUUGAAGUCGACUCCAUGUCCAAGAGAAUUGGUCUACGCAAGGCCCAGCUCAUCCAGCGUGAGCUCAAGGACCAGCCAGGAACCAGCUUCUUCUUCGAAAUCAACAACAUCCCCAUCUUCUGCGGAGGAAGCAACUGGAUUCCUGCCGACAACUUUGUCCCGCAAAUUUCCAAGGAGAGAUACAGAGACUGGGUCAAGCUCGUGGCCGACGGCAACCAGUUCAUGAUCCGAGUCUGGGCUGGCGGUCUGUACGAAGAGCAAGUCUUUUACGAUGCCUGUGACGAGAUGGGUAUUCUUGUGUGGCACGACUUUAUGUUUGGCUGCGGAAACUACCCUACCACCCCCAAGUUGCUUAAGUCCAUUGAUCGCGAGGCACGCGUCAAUGUCAAGAUGCUUCGCCACCAUCCUUCCAUUGUUAUUUGGGCCGGCAACAACGAGGACUACCAGGUCGCUGAGCAGGAGCACCUCCAGUAUGAUCCCAAGGAUAACGAUCCCCAGAACUGGCUCAAGUCCAACUUCCCCGCACGCUACAUUUAUGAGAAGAUUCUGCCAGAUGUCUGCCGCGAUCUGAUCCCCGACGUCCACUACCACCCCGGCAGCCCAUGGGGUGGCAAGGACACAACCGACCCAACAGUUGGCGAUAUUCACCAGUGGAACGUCUGGCACGGGUCUCAAGAAAAGUACCAAAAUUUUGACAAGCUCGUCGGCCGCUUUGUCUCCGAGUUCGGCAUGGAGGCCUUCCCCUCUGUCAAGACUAUUGACGCCUACCUGCCCAAGGGCAAAGACGACCCAGAUCGCUACCCCCAGUCAUCUACCGUCGACUUCCACAACAAGGCGGCUGGCCAUGAGCGCCGUCUUGCCCUCUACCUGGCCGAGAACAUCCGCUAUGCCCCCGAUCCUCUAGAACACUACGUCUACUGCACACAGCUCAUGCAGGCCGAGUGCCUUGCCUCCGCGUACCGUCUAUGGAAGCGUCAGUGGAAGGGCCCUGGCCGUGAAUACUGCGCCGGUGCCCUUGUCUGGCAAAUCAACGACUGCUGGCCUGUCACAUCGUGGUCGAUUUGCGACUACUACCUGCGCCCCAAGCACGCCUACUUUACUGUUAAGCGCGAAAUGGCGCCCAUUUCCAUCGGCAUCACUCGCCGCGAACACAAGACUCCUCUGCGCAAGCACACGGCAGCGUACAUUGACACCAAGAUUAUGAUUGAAGUCUGGGGAUCUAACCUCAUGCUCGAAGACCUCGAGGCCGACUGUGUCAUGAAGGCAUGGGAUGUCGUUACCGGUGAGGAGACAUACUCCAAGACUGUCGAGGCCGGCUUCUGCUUCCCCUCCAACCGCUCUACCGAGGUAGUCAGCAUGGAGGUGCCUGUGCCCAAGCCUGGCGCUGAAAGCAGCACUGUGGUGGCAGCGUACCUUGUCAAGGAUGGCAAGCAGCUUGCGCGAUAUGUCAACUGGCCAGAGCCUCUCAAGUAUGUGCACUUGCAGAAGCCCAAGCAGCUCAAGGCGGAGCUGAGUGCCGAUGGUUGCACUGUGAAUGUGAGCGCCGAGGUUCCUGUCAAGGGUGUUUCGCUGGAGUGCGAGGAGGACGAGGUGAAAUUCGAAGACAACUUGAUUGAUAUUGUCCCUGGCGAGGUUGUCAGCGUCAAGGUGAAUGGAGCCAAGAAAGACACUACCGUUACCAUGCAGUACUUGGGCAUGCUUGCUUAA